AAACGACAUUAUCUGAUUGGCUGAAAGCCGUUUCAUUACGACUACAAAAAACAACCUAAGAGACCUUUUCAACACAUAAAUGAUAAAAAAAGAGCAAUCGUUUGCCGAAUAUUUCAAACAUUGCUAAUUUAUUGUCGGUUGCAAUCUGUUGUAAUAAGCGAUUGGAUUUAGCAUGUCUGAAUUGUUUUGUUCAUCUAAUCAUAUUGAUUUUUCCGGCAACUACAUACCGAGUUAUUUUGAAGAAACUAUUUCACCUUCAUCUCUUCUUUCCGAUUUUUUAAAAGAAUUAGAUUCAACAAAUCAACUUAGCAAUAGAGAACACAGUCACACAAAUUUUUCGACACUUGGUAAAAGUACUUUUAACGCAAGUAAAAAAGCUACUAAGAAAACAAAAAAUAAAACAAUUGACGUUGCGAACAGUUGUAACGCGACAAAUAGUUGCAUUAUAGUUAACAACAACGCAACUAACAGCAGUAUCAACUUUAAAAACAAUUGCAGUGUCGUUAACGCAACUAAAAGCAUUAACUGCAGCAAAACCGUCAAUAGCAUCUUAUCUAGUGUCUCAUCCAAUGGACAUUCGUCGAAUGUUAAUUUAAUUUUUGGAUCCACAUCAAACACUAAUGAAAAAAAACUUUUAAGUGAAGAAGGUAGCAAAGAUAACGAAAAGAAAAUGAAAAAUAAAGAUGAUAAUAGCGUUUUCAAUAAAAAUUCAUUUGGAGAUAGUAAUGAAGAAGAAAAUGAAGAAAAUGACCAUUCAAAGCAAAAACGUCACCGAACAAGGUUUACACAAACGCAAUUAAACGAGUUAGAAAGAUAUUUUAACAAAACUCACUACCCUGAUAUAUUUGUUCGAGAAGAGCUGGCAAUGAGGAUUGAUUUAACAGAAUCACGAGUACAGGUCUGGUUUCAGAAUCGCCGAGCAAAAUGGAAAAAACGUAGAAAGUCUGUUAACAUGUUUGAUAAUACUUCAAAUGUCUUUUCUUCUUACUUAAGCCACUCUUUAACUGAAAGCAACCAAUUAGAGCAACCAUAUUACGAGAAUGAUCGAACUUGGCCAUCGCAAAGCCCUCAUUUUCAGAUUGAUUCGCCAGAUGAUCGACAGCACGUUUUUCAUCAGCAAGAUGUAAAUGGAUUUACAUAUAAUCAGCUUUCUUCAAAUUACGGAACUGAAAGAAACAUAUCUUAUAUGCUUCCUCAGUAUUAUAUAGGGGAUAAUAUGACUAGUAUGGAGUUUAAUACCCCAGAGCAAUCAAAUAUUAUUCUUGAACCAAACUUUACUAAUUGUAUAGGCAUUGAUCGGUUUGAUCGAUCUGUUGAUCGACUGUGUCGAAAAGAAGACGACCAAAAGUUGCUUUACUUAGAAAGACAAAAUUUAUUUUAAAAAACUUCAAGAUACAUAUAUUGAUCUAAUGGAUAGGGUUUUGCGGUGAGGAAUAAAAUAAUAAAGAAUAAAAAUAAAAAAAAUAAUAAAUGGAAUUUUGAAAAUGCAUCAAGCAAUAAAUGCUCACUAUAUAUGAAACACGUAGUAUAA